AUGAAUGAACAGAGGGAAGAGGAAAGUGAAGAAGUAGUCCACGUUGUUGAAGCGAGGGAUGAGGACAAAGAAUCAUGUACUCCACUAAAUGGGCACACAGGGGAUACUAAGAAAAGGAAGGAAGGUGAGGAGGAUUAUGAGCAGGUCGUGGUGAAGAAGCGUGCCCCGCCUAGUGAGGACGCGAAUGCGGAGGCAGAUGGUGCCGUAGAGGUGCAAGUGGAGGAGGAAGAAGAAGUUGAUAACAAUGUGAAUGGAGAAGAAGAGAAUGAUGAGGUAGAUGAAGAAGAAGUUGAUGAGAAUGACAAUGAGGGUGAAAAAGAAGUUGAUGAAAAUAAGGAUGAUGAUGAGGAGGAUGAUGAUGAGGAGGAUGAUGAGGAGGAGCAUGAUGAUGAGGAGCAUGAUGAUGAGGAUGAUGAUGAGGAUGAUGAAGAAGAAGAUGAUGAAGAAGAAGAUGAUGAAGAAGAAGAUGAUGACGACCGAGACGGGCUGGACGACGACGCGGAUGAAGACCCCUACAUGCUGAAAGACGCGACGUACAUCCAAAAGAACGAGCUCUGGAGAAACCGACAGAGAGUCCUGAUCGUGAGGUCGCCGCUAAAAAAAAAAAACUGCAAAUCGUUCGUCGAAAAUUUAAAACUGUUGCUGCCACAUCAUAAGACGGAAAGCAAGUGGAACAAAAAGGCCAAAAAAAGCGACCUAUGCGACAUAAGCUACAGCCGAAACUGCAAUAACAUUAUCUUUUUUGAUAUAAAAAAAAAAAGAUAUUGCUUGUGGAUAUGUAAAAAUAAAACAGGACCUUCCCUAUAUUUUGAGGUCCUGGAUUAUAUCCCCCUGCACAGUUUACUAUUUUCGGGGAACUGCUUACUGUAUUCAAGGCCGCUUUUAAUUUUUAGUAAACCAUUUGAUGAAUUGGAGCACCUGAAAUUAAUCAAAGAGCUUUUCAUUCAAGUGUUCGGGACGCCCAACUACCAUCCUCUAAGCAAACCCUUCUACGAUCACUGCUACACUUUUGUGCAUGUGAAUAAUUUGAUUUACUUUAGACAUUACCAAAUAAUGCCCAUAACGUUAGCAGAUUCUAACAAUGUUAAUAAGCAGAAGUUGGUGGAAAUUGGGCCAAAGUUUACUCUACAUAUUAUCCGAAUAUUUGAAGAGUGUUUCAAAGGGAGGGUUUUGUACGAAAAUGUCAAGUACAAGAAUUAUGUUUCCCCGCAGCAAAUGCGGAUGGAAAAGAAUGCGCAUAAGAAAAUGCAGAAUUUAAAGAAGAAGAAGAACAUGUUUAAGAGGAUGAAGUCUAUCCGGACCCCGAUUAAGAUGGACAUAGACUUUUAA